AUGGAUUUGAUCAAGUACAUAUUCGAAAAGCAUGCUCUCACGGGAAGAGUCACUCAGUGGCAAAUGGCAUUAACAGAAUAUGACAUCCAAUACGUCCCACAAAAAGUUAUCAAGGGUAGUGUAUUGUCUGACUACUUGGCUCAUCAACCCAUGGAAGAUUAUCAGCCCAUGUGCUUUGACUUCCCUGAUGAAAACGUCAUGUUCGUCAUAGAUUGGGGUAUUCUAGAACCCAAAGAAGGACUCGAACCAGGAUUGCGAUGGACGACCGUGUUCGAUGGUGCUUCAAAUUCUCAAGGAAACGAAAUAGGGGAAAUCAUCACCUCUCCAACUGGUUUUCAUCUCCCCUUCACUGCAAGAUUAUGUUUCGAUUGUACCGAUAAUAUGGAGGAGUACGAAACAUGCAUCUAUGGUUUAGAAGCGGCUAUUGACCUAAAGAUCAAGAUCUUAGAAUUCUAUGGAGAUUCUGCAUUGGUAGUCAGCCAGAUUAUAGGAGAUUGGGAAGUUCGCGAUCACAAGUUGAUCCCAUACAAAUAA